AUGAUAGAACAAAUUCCUCUAAUGAUGUUCUUUAAGGAGUUCUCGUUGAUUGAAUGUUGCUCUGCAAAUGCACCCAGUGAUUCGAUCAGUUCCUCUGCUUUCUGGUAUAAAAGGGACUUUAGCUCAGUUGGAAGAGCGAUUGGCUACGAACCAAUAGGUCGCAGGUUCAAGCCCUGCAUGUCUCAAAUAUUUUAUUUGAAAAUGUCCGCAUGCGGAUUCGCUUCAACCACAAGCGCUUCUUCUAAUUCUAUCUCCCAAGGAGUCAAUGUCGAUUGCUCUGCAAUAACGGGUAAAUUUAAAUCUCAUUGGAAUCUAAAUCCUUCCAACUACGUGCCACCACUUUAUACUGUUGUUCAUCAACACUCAACUACUAAAAAUUAA